UGCAACAUGAAGUAUCCCACCAAUGAAACACUUUCCAUCGUGACCGCGAAGAUACAGAAGUCUGGGGCGAUGUUUUGAUUCUUUUAUUCGUGGACAUAAAAUUGUUUGUAUUUGACAAACGUAGUGGUUGUUUCACAUUUCAUUGCGAUCUUUACGCAUUUUAGUCGUAAAAGAACCACACAAUGUCUAUGAAAGGACAAAACCGUACUUCGAGUACCGAAGAAUCGUACACUUACACAAAUUUCUGGGGGAUUGACGGCUAUAAAAACACUGUAAAACGACUAGAAGAUGGUGCUGCACUGUGCGACGAAUUCACGAAGAUGGUCCAUGAACGAGCAGAUAUUGAGAUGAAAUACACUUUAAAGUUGCGAGAUUGGUCUAAACGCUGGAACGAGAAGAUAAAUGGCAGGAUAUCAGAGUAUGGUAGUAUGUUAGAAGUUUUCAAAGCGACUCUUCGCGAAGCCGAGGACAUGGCUGAAAUUCACGUCGAAAGGCACAACCGUUUAAAGGCCGAUUUGUGCGAAUCUAUAAAACAGUGGAAGAAUCAGCACUACCACAAAUCUGUUUUGAAGUGGAAGGAGGUCAAAGAGUGUGAGACGGGUUUCAGCAAGAUAUACGAACCAUGGGCAAGGCGUUAUAAUAAGAUGGAUAAAUCGAAAAAGAAUUUCCACCGAGCAGCGAAAGCCUCAGAGCAUGCUUCAUUGGUCGCGAGUAAUGCAGACAAAGAUGGCAGUAUGCCUGAGAAAGUAAAGAAAUUACAAGACCAGGACGCGAAGCUAAAAUUAGAGCUUGAGGAAGCCCGAAAGAAAUACGAGCGACGUUUAUCUGAGAUGAAUGCGAACAACGAUACGUACGCUGAGGAACUCGAAGCUGAAUUCCAAAAGUGGGAGCGUUUUGAACAAGUCCGUUUAUCGUUCUUCAAGGACGCCCUGCAAAGAUAUCACAAUGUGGUGGAUAUGUCGGAGAGUGAAAGAUUGACCAAUAUUUACAAAGGGUUGUUACUAAAGGUGGAUGGUUCUGAUGCAACCAAAGAUCUCAAGUGGUGGUCGUCGCAAUAUGGACCGGGGAUGCCUAAGAAAUGGCCUGAAUUUGAGGAUCCUCACGUAUGGGAUAUUUCCUCGAACCAACAUAAAUCGAAACCGAGCAUGAUCAGAAGACUUAGUCUACGAAGGCGGAACAGUAAGCAACGAUAUAGAACAUCGGUUACCGUGACAACACCUGCACAGCCUGAGAAUACACGGGCAUCCGAUUCAGACUCGUAUAAUCCCUUCAUGAGUGCCUCCACUGAGCGGGGUAAUGAUGAAGAUAAUAACGUGACCUAUGACCACCCUAGAUCAUCAUAUUACAUGACACCAUCAAAUGGCAUGCAGGAAGGCUUCCCUCACGAUGAACAUUAUAGAUCGCCAAACAUUGUUGAUUCUUAUAACGACGCCUGGAAUAGAAACACGACGUUUUCUCCGACGAAUCAGGAGCAAACUGCUCAUUCCGCAUACCAACAACCCAGUGGUAAUGAUUAUUAUAACCAAACGAGUUGGGAGUAUGACCCAAGUGGCACAUCGACUGCUAAAUCUCAUCCAACGACUGAUGUUGCAGUGGAUCAUGAUAAUGAUAGUGUAGAUGGUGGAGCUCAAUUGCAAAGAGAAACUACUGGAGCCAGUUUGAAUCCGUUUGAUAAUGACGAUGACGAAGAUUUCGUAGAAGAUGAAAAUACUGAAGUUGAAGCACCAAAGGUGAAUGGUGAUAUAUUAGACAAUGGUAUACCCGAAAACGCAGAUGAUGUUACUGGUGUUCCUGUGCGUGCUAAAUAUAAUUACGAUGCAAGCGAAGACGAUGAACUAUCGUUCCAAGUUGGAGAUAUCAUCACCCAGUUAUCAGGCGAAGAUGGUCAAGGAUGGUGCAAGGGAAGACUAAAUGGUGUCGAAGGACUAUUCCCAGCAAAGUGGGUGGAGGCUGUUUAGUGAUGAAUAAUAAUUUCAUAAAUAAUAGUGGAUAAUAAGAAUUUCAGUAGCAGACACAUAGGUUUCCUUUCACAUAUAUUGAAAAUCCAUGGUUGCCAAAACACCACUUUAGAACGUGCUGGUUUCGCUUGGGUUCGAUUUUCCCUCACCGAAAUUUUAGUACACCAAUUGUCGAACUAACUUCUCGUAGUUUAUAUUUUUGUUUACAAGCAAAGUUUGAGUUACAAGCAACUUCAGUUCUUACCUUUUUUAAAACAAGCGUUGCUGUUCGUUCAGUGCGAAACUUCUCACCCUUGCCCUUGCGAAAUUUAGUGGUCGCCACACAAAGUGUCUUCUCCUGAAGUAUUUAUUGAAUAAUUUAAUCAUGAAAUAAAAUAUAUAUUGUAAUAUUAUCCAGCAAGGUUUCGUAAUACGUCGUUGAAGAGGGCGUCACUUGCCGUAGAACAAUUCCCACGAAUAUGAGAUGAAGUUCUCAAUGUUUCCCUACUAAAUGAUAUGUUCUGUUGAAUUAAAAAAUGAACAUUGGGACAAAACUAUUGGUAUACCUAACUAUAUAUACGAGUAACCUAUAUACCCACUUAAAGAACACAAUUAAAGCCACCUAGAACGGUUGUACGAAAGCUGGAUAGCGCUAUUCACCGGAUGGUGUUUUUUCAAUGGCUCUAAAGCUAAAACUGCCCAUUGUUCCGUAUAACAUGGCUUAAAGCUUAGUAGUUUUAAAUUGAGGCACCUCUUUAAAGAUUGUCAGCCACAAGUCUGUAGUUUUAUCCCUUCAAAACAUUUUUACAAGGUUGAGAAGAUCACUAUCCGGUGGAUAGCGUUAUCCAUGUAGCCUUUCGUUCAACCGGUCGCUGUCAUAUAACCGUAAAAAUCGGAAGCAUGUAUAUAUUUUAGUAAUAUUAAUUAAGAGACAAUUAUGUAGAAAUACUAAUCUAUAUGCAUCGAGGCACCGCCGUCUGAUUCAACACUGGCUUUACCCAGCCUCGUCCCCGGCGCGGCGGGGGAACACGCGUGGGUCAGUGGGGAAGCUCUCGCGGGCGGAGCGCCUGGCAGAAAAUGCAUUCAAGAUGGCGGCCAAACAAAGAAAUGAGCAAGUAUUUCUUAAGUUGACAGAUAGUGAGCGUUCUUUGUUGGACACAAUGCGAAGACCAAUAUUCGAUGCGUUUAUUGGAGGAAAGGUUUUGUGUGGGAGAGAAGACUGUGUCAAAAAUUAAGAUGUAACAAAAUGUAACAAAAUACACUUCUCUUCGAUUUCUGUAGAAUGGCUUGCAUUUUCUGCCAGGCUCCAUUUCGUGUUAAAAUCCCUGCGCGCGACAUUCCCCACGCGCACGUAAUGGAGCCUGGGGACGAGGCUGGGCUUUACCGCAAAUAAUCGCAUUUUGUGAUUUGUGGUCUGAAACAAGAUUAAAUAUUAAUAUACAUGCAUUUUAUGCAUUACGACUCAGAAAAAGGACAAAGUUUGUGACUGUUUUUGCAUUUGCGAUCUGAAAAACGAAAAUUGAUUGACAUGGAUAUACCAGUUUUGAGACUACCGUGCAUGGUACGGAGUUGCGAAAUGUCAAACUGUCGAAGCUAUUCGACGACCAGCAUAAAAACUAUGCGGUACUUUUUCUCUCAGUGUCACUUUCUUUUAAUCCAUUUUAUUCACGAGCCUCAAAACGUUUCAGCUUUUAGAUAGCUCUAAUAUGUAUCCAAUUUACUGUUUUCCUGGCUGACCGGGCCGCGAUGACCUGUAUAUAUCGCCUAUGUUUGCUUAUAUGCUUUGCCAAUAUCUACGCCAUAUUCUAUUUGGAUUAGAA